AUAUCUUUCUUAUCUCUAUAGAUAUUCUCUUAGCUUUUAUACCUUAGUAAUUCUGAUGGGAUUAAUGUCUCAAUCGCUUUUCAGCCUCCAAUGUUUCUCUCGUUCUGUCAACAACAGAAUCGUAAUGGGAAGAUCUAUUAUGAUCACACAAGCCUCUCAAAGGGCAUAUGAUGCAAUAAGAAACAGCGGAGAGAAGCCACCGUGGACAGCAGACCGUGAAACUGGAUACUACAGACCUGAAACCAUAGCAAAAGAGUUAGGUCCAUACAUUGUGACAACGUCUAAAAGUGAAGUUACAACAACGAGGAGAGGAGAAAAGUUAUGGUGGAUGCCCGAUCUGCAAACCGGAUUCUAUAGGCCUGACACUUUUGUGAGAGAGCUCGACGCAGCUGAGCUACGGUCAAUGCAUUUAAACGAAAAUGAAAACACAGCGUGAGCCAAAUGAUAUCUCUAUAUAUACACAUGUGUUUCUUUAUUUUAAUUAUUCUAGUUUCAUCUUUGAAGUGUGAAACUAGGAAGUGUUGGGGCAAAUUAAUCAUCGUUUGCUUCGCUGCUUCUUCUCAUUUUUAGCCGUACUGAGUUUGUCUAGC